CCACUUCGUACGUAGCUUGCCCUCGGCAUCCCUUCUCUGGACCAUUGAUGGUUUCCCAUCAGUAUCGGGGCACCGGCACUUUUUCUGGAGGAGCAGAUCCCAUUCCCCUUCUUCGCCCCUACCCCCUAGAGGCUAGGUUCUUCGUCUCAAGAACAUCGGUUGAAGAUUGAUUUCUGAAUCCACCGGGCCCCAUCUCCCCAUUUCUUCCUCUCCACAACCACCUCCGCGGUCAAUUCGUUGCGCGCAUUUAAUUAAGCGUUGUCCCGUAACCCAUUCUGGUUCCAUUUGUAGCUUUGUCCUCUUCUUCUCAUUUUUUUUCCUCGUUUUUUUUUUUUCUUUCCUUUUCUUUGAGCUUGGACACACCAAUUCUAGAUUCGAUACCGCUUCUUUCGACAGCAGGAAAGACGGAUAGAUACCCCCGAAGACCCGACAAUAGAGGAUCCUCGGCAAUAACAGGCGAGCCAUACGAACAAUCGCGACAAUGGCGCUCAAGGGAGAAGAGGUGGCCAAGCACAACAAUGCCGAGUCGUGCUGGGUCAUCGUUCAUGGCAAAGCCUACGACGUGACGGAAUUCCUACCGGAACAUCCCGGCGGCCAGAAGAUCAUCCUCAAAUAUGCGGGAAAAGAUGCCACGGAAGAAUUCGAUCCCAUUCACCCCCCCGACACGCUCGACAAGUACCUCGACAAAUCAAAACACCUGGGACCCGUGGACAUGGCUUCAGUCGUGAUGGAGACCAAGGAAGAGGACCCGGACGAGCCUGCGCGGCAGGAACGCCUUGCCCAGAAGCCGCUGCUGUCCCAGUGCUAUAACUUGAUGGACUUUGAGGCGGUUGCCCGGCGGGUGAUGAAGAAGACGGCCUGGGGAUACUAUUCUAGCGCCGCUGACGAUGAGAUUACGAUGCGGGAGAACCAUUCGGCGUUCCAUCGGAUCUGGUUCCGGCCCAAGAUCUUGGUGGACGUGGAAAAGGUGGAUUUCAGCACGACAAUGCUAGGGACGAAAGUGGACAUGCCAUUCUACGUCACGGCGACGGCGCUGGGCAAGCUGGGCCACCCAGAGGGCGAGGUGGUGCUGACGCGGGCGGCGGCCAAGCAUGACGUGAUCCAGAUGAUCCCGACGCUGGCGUCAUGCUCAUUCGACGAGAUUAUGGACGCGGCGACGGCGGACCAGGUGCAGUGGCUCCAGCUGUACGUCAACAAGGACCGCGCGAUCACCAAGAAGAUUGUGGAGCACGCCGAGGCACGGGGCUGCAAGGGCCUGUUCAUCACGGUGGAUGCGCCGCAGCUGGGACGGCGGGAGAAGGACAUGCGCAGCAAGUUCACGGACCCGGGAUCCAACGUGCAGUCGGGCCAGGCGACGGACACGAGCCAGGGAGCGGCGCGGGCCAUCUCGACGUUCAUCGACCCGGCGCUGUCGUGGAAGGACAUCCCCUGGUUUCAGUCGAUCACCAAGAUGCCCAUCAUCCUCAAGGGCGUGCAGCGGGUAGAGGACGUGCUGAAGGCGAUCGAGAUCGGGGUGCAGGGCGUGGUGCUGUCGAACCACGGCGGGCGGCAGCUGGACUUUGCGCGCAGCGGGGUGGAGAUCCUGGCGGAGACGAUGGCGGUGCUGCGGCAACAGGGCUUGGAGAACAAGCUGGAGAUUUACAUCGACGGUGGGGUGCGGCGGGCGACGGACAUCAUCAAGGCGCUGUGCCUGGGUGCGCGGGGCGUCGGUAUCGGCCGGCCGUUCCUGUACGCGAUGAGCGGGUACGGGUUCGAGGGCGUGGACCGUGCGAUGCAGCUGCUCAAGGACGAGAUGGAGAUGAACAUGCGGCUCAUCGGGUGCACCCGGGUCGACGAGCUCAACCCUUCGCUCCUCGACACAAGGAGCCUGUUCCACCACGGCAACGGCACGCCGAACGACAACCUUUCCGGGGCGGUGUACGACCCGCUAGCCACGCCAACGCAGAGGCCCAAGCCGCCCAAGUCUUCCAAGCUAAUAUGUCUUCUCCAUCACGGGUUCGAAAAUAUUCCUAUCAUUGUGAAUCUCAAGAUGGAGACGCUGAUUGAGAUUCGAUACCGAAUGCGGCGGGGCAGUGCUGGCUUCGACGGACUCCGUCCUCCGGUGUACCUCCUCACUUUCGGCAUAUCGACUUUCGAACCACCUCCAACACAAGAAAACCACUCGUUCCGUUCCUUUCAGCCCGAAGAGGCGGAAGCGACGACCAAGCGCUACUACAGCCAAGUCUCCCACUCCCACGUUCCAAAGGUCAGACACCACCCACCGGCCAUCUACCGCAUGCCGCAGGGGACACUGUAA